CAGUCAACAAGAAACACGUGCAUUGUAUUUCUAAUCUCAUCUCUCCUGGAUUAUUUUCAAGCUAUUCCUAGUCAGAUGCAUGAGCGGGUCUUUUUUCAGUUUUAGAGGGUUUAAAACGCAGAAUUGUAAUACUUUAUUGAUACGGUUUUGAAGACUCCGUGCUAAAUACUGCUGAAAGAUUUUAAACUAGCAACAUCACAACAGCUCCUGCUACAGCAGGCAUGCUAGCACCUAUUAGCAACCUAGCCGUGUGAACAUUAGUUCGUGUGGGUUUUCAUGAGACAGCGUUGCUAAAACAAUGGACGAUUCUGGCAUCAAGAAGCAGAAUUGGGACGUGAAGGAAACUGAGUUGUUUCUGGAAAUUCUCAAGGAGCUGGACAUGAAGAAGUGCUUAGACGGAAGGAAAGUGAGGAAUAACAAACUGUUCAAAGUGGCACACAGGAGAAUGACAGCGGCUGGUUAUCACAGAUCCGUGGACCAAUUAAAGUUUCGCUGGAAACUUCUCAAAAGCGCAUACUACAAGUGCAAGCGAGAGCCCGACUCCCCGGCCCCAACUAAAAUACAGGGCUGGUGGCGCUAUGAAAAGACGAUGGUCGCUAUUAUGGAGUCCAGACACCCUCUGGUGGGACCCGGGGUUAACUCUGACAGAAACGACGAGGUGACAGAAGAGUCAGAUGGCGAAGCAUCAGUACUACACUGGCCGCAGCCCUGCCCGGACAAUACCACCCAGAACCUGGAUUUAAUUAUCAAGAUGGACCCAGAGAUGGACUCUCAGCUUAAGAUUGGCUUUAUCGGUGCAGGGAACAUGGCGUUUGGCAUCGCCAAAGGCAUCUUAUCUGGAAAUGUCCUUCCUGCAAACGUCAAAGUUAGUGCACCAUCCUCAAGGAAUCUGGGACGCUUUCAGGAGCUGGGCAUUGCUGUAACUCACUCCAACAUAGAGGUGGUUUGUGGGUCCGAUGUGGUCUUUGUCGCAGUCAAACCUCACCUGGUUCCGCUAGUUCUCAACGAGAUCGCCCAACACGUCACUGACAGACACAUGAUUGUAUCUGUUGCAGCAGGAGUAACACUAGCAACGUUAGAGGAGCUCCUUCCUGAAAACUCUGUUGCCAUCCGGCUGAUGCCAAAUCUACCGUGUUUGGUUCAGGAAGGUGCUCUCCUGUUUGCUCGAGGAUCACACGCAAAACAGGAAGACGGCGCACUACUUCGCUCCUUGUUGCAUCGCUGUGGUUUGGUGGAGGAGGGACCUGAAGCCUGGAUUGACAUCCAUACUGGGCUGAGCGGGAGCGGAGUAGCCUUUGUGUAUCUUUUUGCUGAAGCUCUGGCAGAAGGAGCUGUUAAAAUGGGCAUGCCAAGCGCUCUAGCCCACAGCAUUGCCUCUCAGACUGUUCUGGGUGCUGGGAGAUUGUUACGUGAUUCCGGGAAGCAUCCAGCUCAACUUCGCUCGGAAGUCUGCACACCAGGUGGAACAACCAUCUAUGGGCUUCACACGCUGGAACAAGGCGGUGUGAGGGCGUCAACCAUGAGUGCUGUGGAGUCUGCCACCGAGAGAGCCAGGGAACUCGGCCGAAAGUCAACAGCAGGGAGCAGAAAGUGAUGGACAAAUUUGCCUUUAAGAACUACUCAUUAGACUUCUAACUUGAUAAAUACCCAACAUGGAAACAUGGAACUCCUUUUUUUGUUUUGGUUUUUUCUCCUCUUCUCAUCAUACUCAAAAACACGUUGUCCCUUUUUUAAAUCACAUUUUCUCACCUUCAGUCUCUGUAAGCUAAAAGUCAACAUUGGCUUAAUCUUAAAAUUGAUUCUGACAGUAUAUUAUUAGACCAUGACUUCUGUUUUUACAUGUACUCAAAUAACGCUAUCUUUUUGGAUUUGGAUGCAAUUAAGGUACAACCCAAAUUUGAUUGUACCAGUAUUUGUUAAUAUAUUCUCAUAACGAAAUGCUGAAUAAAUCCAACUUGUCACAUUUACUAAAAGUCAUGUGAGACUGUAAGGCUGAAGGAGAGGCUAAGCGAGUAGAACAAAGCUAUUAUGCAGACCAUAUUGUUCAUCAUCACUACAGAAGCCCCUGUUAUGAACAUCUUCAUUGCUGUACUGCCUUACUGCUCUUGAUUGGAUUGUAAUGUAGAGUCAGUGGAUCAUUUUAAAGUUUUAAAUUAUUAUUGUAUUUAAUAGUUGUCCAGAUAAAGCAUACAUCUAAAUUUUAGGAUAAGAGUAAUCACAUUUGUGUGGCUCCAAUACAAUGAUAGUGUCCCAAGUAUAGCUACUGUAUGGUUGUGUAUAACAUGGUGUAUUGAAAAAAUAGUUCUAAUUUGAAAUAAGUAUCAGUUUUCAUAAAGUGUCAUGUUAACAGGU